AGGACACGCAGCUGGCUCAGCUGAUGAGAGCAGUGCUGCGCGCGGAGACACACUACACGGUGCUCUCGCUGCCGCGCACGGCGAGCGAGGAGGAGGUCCGAAAGGCGUUCCGAAAGCUAGCACGUAAGCUCCACCCCGACAAGAAUGGCGAGGCGCUGGCAGAGGAGUCGUUCAAGCGACUCCAGGAGGCGCACGCGGUGCUCUCGGACCCUCGGAAGCGACGGACGUAUGAUCUCACCUUGCGGGGCACGAGGUAACCUCCUGCGGCUGCGCCGCCCCGGCCGCCGCGGCCCACCAAGCGCAUGAUGUGCGUGUGAACACGGUCGAGGCGACCGAGUCCGAGAGAGGCUCGUCGUGGACUGAAGAGAAGAGUCCCCUAGAAUCAUUUAUGAGAGAGACCACGC